GAGCACAAACAACCUGGCGCCAGUUUGUGACUACGCAGUCCCAGAAUUUAAAAUCUUACAUCGUUAUAUUUAUAACUUUUGAUGGUUUCGUUAAACAAAGAUCAGGAUUCGCGGUGUUUUGGCGCUCUCAAGUGGACAAACGUAAAACUACAACAACACGGAGGAAACCAUCAUGGCGGCUGCUACAAGACUCGUAUCAAGGUUGACGCUGGUCACCGGGGGAGGCAGUGGGAUCGGACGCGCCGUGUGCCAGCGGUUCGCCUCUGAAGGCGCCUCUGUGGUGGUCGCUGACAUCAGCGAGGAGUCGGCCAAUGAGACGCUGGGGAGCCUGCAGAGUGACCUCAGAGGGCAGGGUCACAUGGCGGCUGUGGUGGACGUGUCGUCAAAAGAGAGUGUAACGAAGCUGGUCACAAGUAUACAGACUCGGUACUUCCAGCCUCCCUCGGUGUGUGUGAACGCAGCAGGCGUCACCAUGGACGACUUCCUGCUCAGCAUGACGGAGGAGCAGUUCGACAGAGUCAUCCAGGUCAACCUGAAGGGCUCGUUCCUGGUCAUACAGGCCAUUGCUCAGGGCCUGGUGGCCUCUGGAGCACCCAAAGGAUCCAUCGUCACCGUGGGCAGCAUCGUGGGAAAGGUGGGAAACAUGGGACAGGCAAAUUAUUCCGCCUCUAAAGCCGGAGUCGAGGGUUUAACCAGAACCGCUGCCAAAGAGCUCAGCAGGUUCGGGAUCCGGUGUAACUGUGUGCUGCCUGGAUUCAUAUCGACUCCGAUGACAGAUAAAGUACCGGAGAAGGUUCUAACCAAGAUGAAAACCUUGGUGCCUUUGGGAAGAAUGGGCGAAGCUGCAGAGGUCGCCGAUGUCUGCGCCUUCCUCGCCUCCGAUGACUCCCGGUAUGUCACGGGCGCCAGCGUCGAAGUGACGGGUGGACUCUUCAUUGGCUAAUUCAAAUGUCCGUCACGCUGAUGAAGACCAAUGGGAGGCGACGUUCCUUCAUAAUGAAUCUGAUCAUCAAAUAUAACAUGUGAUAUAAAGUUUAAAGAGGAUUUUUGUGCCAAUAAAUACCUCUGUAAUAUUUCUAAA